AUGAACCAGGAACAGGCAAACGGCCAUGGACAUCAUUGCCGCUCGAAUCCUCCUCCGCCCCGCCUCGUCCUCCCGCCGGUGAGCCGAACCGCCGUCCCAUGCUCUCUGUUCUUCCUCGUGCUCCUUCCCAUCUCCUUUCUCCUCGCCGGAGCUCCACCAGCAGGAACAUCGUUGUUAGCAAGCAGGAGUUGGACCUCUCCCAUGUGCUCGUGCGUCGGAUCGAGCUCCUGUCGCGAGGAAUGGAUGCCCCAGUCCUGGAACAGCCCAUCCCUGCUCUCGUUUCGUCAGUUAAGCGUGCGUGUAUGA